UGUUCAUAUGUCAGUUCUUUGACGUUUAUCUUUAACCAGCAUUUAUCGCUGUCUUUUUUAUUUUUAUCAUUUACACAUAUUGAUAAGCACUUAUAUAUCAGUAAAUGGACUUUAAUUGCAAGUGUUUUUUGGAGAAUCGGAAGAAUUAUCAUUUUCAAUUUGUACCUAGAACUUAAAAUAUUACUACAAUGACAAUCAGUGGAAUUAGUGUUGAGAUACAGGAUAAAGUCCUAACGAUAACAUUUGACAAGCCGGAAAAACUUAAUAGCAUUAAUAGAAAAGGAUAUAGAGCGCUUGGUUUGGUGUUGCGAGAAGUGGCCAAGGAUGACAGUGUGACAAUUGUUGUUAUCACUGGCAAAGGAGAUUUUUUCACUUCUGGAAAUGACUUGUCGCAAGCUUUGGAUGAUUCUUCAGAUAUUGAAGCUCAGAUUAAAGCAUCAAACGCUAUAUUUAAAGAAAUGGUUAGCGCUCUAAUCGACUGCCCUAAAUUGACUUUGGCGUUGGUAAAUGGACCUUGCAUUGGAAUUGGAGCUACAUUGGCUGCCCUUUGUGACAUUGUGUGGUGCGCAUCUAAUGCAUAUUUCCUGACUCCAUUUACAAAGUUAGGUAUUGUACCUGAAAGUUGUUCAUCCUAUUUAUUUCCGUUAAUACUUGGACGUUCCAAAGCAAACGAAAUGCUAUUGUUGUCCCAAAAACUAAGUGCUCAGGAAGCUUACAAUUUUAAUUUUGUUUCAAAAGUAUUUGAAAACAACACGUUAGAUUCACAUAUUUGGCCAGCAAUUAGGGAAUUCUCAGAACUACCCCCUGAGUCAAUGCAAAUAUCUAAAUCUCUGAUUCGUAUGCAUGAGAAAGAGGCGUUGUAUCGAGCACUGAAUGCUGAAUCCGAAGAACUUUCCAAGCGGUUUACCACGGAGGAGUUCGCAAAUGCAUUGAUUGCGUUCGGAUCACGCAAAAAUAAAUCCAAAUUAUAAUAUAAAAAUCAUAACUUGUAAUUGUAAAAGUUAAUAUAUAAAUAUUAUAUGUAAUAAAUUUUUUAGGUGUACAAACCAC